CUAAAACUGCCACAUUUUCCCACCGCAUAAUACUCUGCCAACCGGUUACACAACCACCCAAGCAACCCCAACCUGGCUAUAUAAAUUCAUCAAUUUCCCACACCCCUAAUCGCGCGCUAUGGUGUCCACCAAGCCUCUUUACUCAUCACAGUCACUUCUCUUCCGGCCACCCUAAACAAUGAUCGUUUGGGUUUUCUUGGCCCUCUUUCUACCUUGCGCCGGCACCAUCGUGAUGUACCUAUUCUACAUCUGUCUCUUAUGGUACGUAAAGAAUUCCGAGAACGAGGCGCAGUUUCCGGUGAAGCCAGCAACCCAGAAUGGUUUGUCGGUGGCGGAACUAGAGAAGCUGCCCAAGGUCACCGGAAAAGAGUUGGUGUUGGGGACGGAGUGCGCAGUUUGUCUCGACGAGAUCGAGAACGGACAACUGGCACGACUGAUUCCCGGUUGCAACCACGGGUUCCAUGUGGAGUGCGCGGACACUUGGCUUUCUAAGCACUCGGCGUGUCCCGUUUGUAGGUCUAAGCUCGAGUCCCAGUUCUUCAAUGCCUCUGAUCAAAAUCCUUGCUAAGAAGUCAUUAAAAAGUGUACUUUUUUUUUAUUAUUCGUUUGUUGUUUAAAAUUAGUUAAUUAUUAUUAUCAAUAAGCAGGCUUUGUGAAAUUUAA